AAUGAGCACGUGUUGUUGGUGUACACCAGGUGGUAAUUCCACCAUUGACUUCCUGAAGUCUUAUGCAUCCAAGACCGAAUCCAGUGAAUUUCAAACAGCUGAUGAAGACCUCUGCUACUGCUUGGAGUGUGUGACUGAAUACCACAAAGCAAGAGAUGAAUUGCCAUUAUUGCAUGAGGUUUUAUGGGAAUUAGAAACCUUACGUCUCAUAAAUCACUUUGAAAAAUCCAUGACAGCAGAAAUUGGAGAUGAUGACGAAUUAUAUAUUGUAGACAACAAUGGAGAGAUGCAACUUUUUGACAUUACCGGACAAGACUUUGAAAAUAAGCUUCGAGUUCCUCUUCUUGAAAUACUGAAAUAUCCUUACCUGCUUCUACAUGAACGUGUUAACGAAUUAUGUGUUGAAGCACUUUGUCGGAUGGAACAAGCCAAUUGCUCCUUUCAGGUUUUUGACAAAUAUCCAGGGAUCUAUUUGUUUUUGGUCCAUCCCAAUGAAAUGGUUCGGCGUUGGGCUAUCCUGUCUGCAAGAAACUUGGGAAAAGUGGACAGAGAUGACUAUUAUGAUUUAGAGGAAGUUUUAACUUGCCUUUUUAAAGUCAUUGAGUUGGGGCUUUUGGAAAGUCCAGACAUCUAUACUUCUUCUGUCCUCGAGAAGGGUAAACUGAUUCUUCUUCCCUCACACAUGUAUGAAACUACCAACUACAAAAACUAUUGGUUAGGUAUUUGCAUGUUGCUAACCAUUCUGGAGGAGCAAGCCAUGGAUUCAUUGUUGUUGGGCCCAGAUAAGCAGAAUGAUUUUAUGCAGUCGAUACUUCACACCAUGGAGAAGCAAUCAGAUGAUGAUAGAGCUGAUCCUUUCUGGCCAGCAUUACACUGUUUCAUGGUGAUUCUGGAUCGCCUUGGAUCUAAGGUCUGGGGUCAACUUAUUGAUCCUAUUGAGGCAUUUCAAACCAUUAUCAACAAUGUGAGCUACAAUAGAGAGAUCCACAAUAUACGGAAUAGCUCUGUAAGGACCAAGUUGGAACCGGUGUCUUAUUUGGAUGAUAAUAUGACUUGCAGCCAGAUGGUAUAUAAUCUUGAAAAGACCAAAAAGGACUCUGGAUGGAGAUCAGCCAUAUGCCCAGAUUAUUGUCCUAACAUGUAUGAAGAAAUGGAAACAUUGGCUAGUGUACUUCAGUCAGAUAUUGGCCAAGACAUGCGUGUUCAUAACAGCACAUUUCUGUGGUUCAUACCUUUUGUUCAGUCCCUCAUGGAUCUUAAGGAUUUGGGUGUGGCUUAUAUAGUAGGGGUUAUUCAUCACCUACACUCAGAAGUCAGAGAUGUCCUCAACCAAACAGAUGCCAUGUGUGACAAAGUCACUGAAUUUUUUCUUCUAAUUUUGGUAUCAGUGAUUGAACUGCAUAGAAAUAAAAAAUGUUUGCAUUUGCUGUGGAUUAGUUCCCAGCAGUGGGUGGAAGCCAUCGUAAAAUGUGCCAAGCUUCCUUCCACUGCAUUUGCACGGAGUUCUGAGAAGUCAUCUGGAAAUUGCUCCAAAGGAACAGCAAUGAUAUCAUCAUUGCAUUCAAUGCAGUCUAACUCCGUACAACUUGCUUGCGUGCAGCUGAUUAGAAGUCUCCUUAAAGAAGGUUAUCAGCUUGGACAGCAAACUCUUUGUAAGCGAUUCUGGGAUAAGCUUAACUUAUUCCUUCGAGGAAAUUUAUCUCUAGGUUGGCAGUUGACUAGUCAGGAAACUCAUGAGUUACAAACUUGUUUAAAGCAAAUUAUUAGAAACAUAAAACCCAAAGGACCUCAAUGUAGCACUUUUAUGGAUCUGAGUUCUACAUAUAAAGCCCCUCUUGCAUCGUAUAUAAAAGAAGAAAGUGAACAAACAGAGAAGAAGUUUAAAAAAGACAUGCAUUUGGGAAGUUCCAGCCCAACAUUUUCUAAAGAACCAAUGAAAGCUGACACAUAUCAAGUGCAAGAGAGUAUGUCAAUCAAAGCAGGUAGUGCUAUAGAAGAAGAGAAUAAUGACCAAAAUUAUAUAAAGGAUUUGAAACUAGAAGACUAUCUUUCCACUGAGUCAUGCUCAAAGCAGAGUAGUAAAAACCUUACUGAAAGAGCUCAAGAUCAAAUUAAAAUAAAUGCAGGGAAGCAGCAGUCUAUAAAAGAUGACUCAUAUUCACCAUAUAAUAAUACUUCCAGAAAUGGUCCAGAAAGGGAAUGUGACGGAGGAAUAACAACAUCAACAUGUUUGUUGACUGAACCUAGCACUGAGUCUCUGGAAAAAAUGUCCACAUCAACUGAAGAUUUUUCUGUAAAGGAUGAUGCUCUUGGUAAAUCUUCAAAACCAAAAACUAAGGCACAGAAAGAUGAUAUCUGUGCAAAGUUAUCACACGUAAUGAAGCAACACCGGAAAAGUAGCUUGGUCAAUAAUGUCAAUUUAGAGGAAAAUCUGGCUGCAUCUAACAUUGAGAGUUUCUACUCAGGGAAAGAUAGUGGAGUUCAGAAAGGGGAUGGCUUGAUACACAAUCUAGAUUCUUAUAGUAGUCUGGAUGAUGAUAAAAAUGGAGAACAAAAAUCUCAAAACAGUGUUUUGCUGAGAAAGAAACAAGUAAAGAAUGAAGAAUUAGCUCUUUUCUCUGCCCAUGAAAAUAAUUGUAAAAUACAAGAAUGUCAUGUUGAUGAUAAAGAUUUGAUCUCUACAGAAAUGACCAAUACUUUAGUGAAAAAAAUGUCUCCCUUUAAAGAUCCUUUGACUGUACUUGAAUCAGUAGAUGAAGAGAUGAGGAAGAAUACUGAUCUAGUUUCUUGUAACUUGACAAGCGAACAGGCUCUUUGCAUCAGUCCUGCGUCUGACAUCUUAACAGAUUCUCAGGUAGACAGAGACCUCCACAAAUUGUCUUUAAUAGCUCAAGCCAGUGUUACUAAGUUUCCAUCAGAUUCAACUAAAAAAAACUCAUCCCACUUACGAAGAAAAGUAAAAGAUAAUAAAAGAUGCUUUACAGCUAAUGAAAAUAAUGUCGGGGACACCAGCCAUGGACACAUUAUUAUUAUUUCAGAUUCUGAUGAUGAUGAUGAUGAUGAAAGACUUCUCAGUCUUGACAAACACAUUAGACAGGACAAAAUAUGCCUUGAGAAAGUUAACAGUCAUGUAGAAGAGAAGCUAAUAAAGGAAGUAAAAACAAAGUCGCUUUUGGAAUUUGAGGAACCUAUGGAGUCUCAGGUUUUUGAGUUUGAAAGUCAGGAUGAUGUGUUUUCAGUUUGGCAAGAUCAUAAACUAGACAGCAAGAAUUCAGUUCAGGAGGAUGAAAAGAAUUCUUGUUUGACUCAUGUGGUUGAUAUCACAAAUGACUGGGGUUAUGAUACAGAUAAUGUAUCUAAAGAAGUUGUUAAAAUGGUAGCAGAGGGCAUCAAAGAACACGCAGGACAACAGGGUAGUAGUAUUUCUGUUGAGAAUUUUUGUGAAACUGAAGUAAAGAAACCUAAGAGAAAACGAUUGGAAAAACCAGUGGCUGAAGAUCCUCUGAGGCCUUCACCUUCUGUCAAAAAGGAGGACCAGUCUAAUAAUAAGAGAGAUCUUACUAAAAAAAAAGUUACAGGCAGAAGGACUACAACUCCCAGUUCAAGUAUUCAGAGAACUAGUACGGUUCCACAAAAGAAGUCUCCAAAGCCUCGUACUUCCUCAAAACCCCCCAGGAGAGCCCCACCUUCUAAAACCUCUAAGAAAACCCAGUCGGAUGCCAAAAAAGGACAAACUAAAAAUUCCAAUUACCUAAGUUGUAGGACAACUCCUGCUAUUGUGCCACCAAAGAAGUUUCGCCAGUGUCCGGAGCCCACUUCAACAGUUGAGAAACUUGGCUUGAAAAAGGCUCCUCGUAAGGCAUUUGACUUGUCCCAGCGAUCUUUAGAGUGUAUAGGUCGGUUACGUGACCAUGGCAAAACUGUUGGAGUAAUUGAUACCCGGAAAAAGACUAAAGCAAAGUCUCCUCAGUCUUUCUCUGUCAAAAACAGUAAAAAGCAGCUUAUCAGUCAAGAUCUUCAGUUGCGAAGACAGAGGAAACCCAAAUCACAAAAAAAUAGACGAGGAGUUGCUGAUUCUAAAAGUACAGAUGCUAUAAAAACAGGGCCACAUGCAGCACAGAAUUCUGAUAUGUUUGUAGCAGAAUCUGAUAGGUUAGGUUAUAAUUAUACAGGAAGAAUUGAAGUACUUGCCAACAGUAAUGAGAAACAGUUAAUACACUGUAAGCCUUCUGAGCCAGAAACCAGAAAAGCAAACCAUAUUUCUCUGGUGACCGAUGAUGCUUGCCAUUUGAACCAGUGUGAUUCUGUAGUGUUAAAGGGAAAAAUACCAACAAAUAAAGUAACUGUCUCUACUUCAGAGGACCCCUUAAGUGGAGGUGGUCUAACAGGGUGUCACGUAAAGGUAGCAACUUUGAGAGAGGGAGAGUCCAAAUCCAACAGUGAUAUAGAGGAUGAUUUAUUUUUAACACAGCGUGAUCCUGAAGACAUGGAUUUAUGUUCACAAAUGGAUACUGGUAAUUACGAUGUCAGUGAAGUCGUUUAUGGAAAAUACACGGUUCAGGUAGAAGAUGCUGUGCCUUGGUCUCAGUUGGCGUCUUUGAGUGGCAAAAAGUGUAAGUACAAAGACUGUGUUGAAACCGUGAAAAACCAGGAUGAAUACUGCUCAAAACAUUCUCAAGCUAAAGCAGCAGAUGAAGAUGUAUUUCGGAAACCUACUUUGCCUCCUCCAUCUAAACGGAGACGUCCCACUGCCAAAGUUUUUAGCUCAAGUAGUACUUCACGAAUUGCUCAUCUUUCCAAGUCUUUGGAAGAUACUUCAGUACUUCCACCACCUCUAAAAAAUAAGUCAAGUGGGGUACAGCCUACUUUGAAAGUACCACCUCCCAUUACUCUAUUAUUUCAGAAGCCAGUGGGCGAAACAAAGAGUUUAUGCAGUGUUUUUCAUUCCCAGACUGCAAACAUUUCCAACAGACAAGGUUACAAACUUCCAUUUGGUGAAAGCAGGUCUUUUUCGACUUUCUCGCCACCAAACAUUCUCUUACCAUCACAGUCUCUCUCUGAUACCUUUGUUAAAGAGAUUUUAAAAUGGAAAUAUGAAAUGUUUUUGAACUUUGAUCAGUUUGGGCCCCCUGCAAGUCUCUGUCAGUCCAUCUCAAGACCUGUGCCUGUCAGAUUUCAAGAUUGUGGAGAAUACUUUAAUGUUUUUUUCCCUUUGAUAAUAUUGAAUACUUUUGAAACGGUGGCACAGGAAUGGCUCAGCUCUCCCAAUAAAGAGAAUUUCUAUCAGUUGUAUGUGCGAAAGUUUCCUGCCGAUUAUAAAAAAUACUGGGAGUUCAUGAUUUAUCUGGAGGAAUGUGAACUGGCUAAACAACUUCAUCCAAAGGAAAAUGAUUUGGUGUUUUUGGUUCCUGAGAGAUUAAAUGGAGAGAAUAAAAAAAAUACAGAGAGAAAACUCAUGGAAGAUCUCCAUGAAUAUUAUUGUGGCUAUAUUCAUAAGUUUCGCCGCACUUCAGCCAUGCGUAAUGGAAAAGCUGAGUGUUUCCUUUCCAUCCAGACUCAAGAUAACUUGCCAGCCAAUUUAAACCAACUUGUAGCAUGUAUUGUCAUCAGUUCUCUAGUGACUACACAAAGGAAGCUUAAAGCCAUGUCUCUGUUGAGUGGUCGGAACCAACUGGCUAGAGCUAUUCUGAAUCCAAACCCCAUGGACUUCUGUACAAAAGAUUUACUAACUACGGUACCUGAGAAAGUUACUGUCUACUUUAAAGAGUUCAACGAAGACCAGAAGAAAGCAAUAGAAACUGCAUAUGCCAUGGUGAAGCACUCACCUUCCGUUGCCAAAAUCUGUCUGAUUCAUGGACCACCUGGAACAGGAAAGUCAAAAACGAUUGUUGGCCUCCUGCACCGCUUACUGACAGAGAACCAGAAGAGGGGGCAUGCAGGUGAAAACUCCAAUGCCAAAAUCAAACAGAACCGGGUCCUCGUGUGCGCACCCUCCAACGCAGCUGUUGAUGAACUUAUGAAAAAAAUUAUCCUCGAAUUCAAAGAAAAAUGUAAAGACAAGAAGAAUCCUAUGGGAAACUGUGGAGAUAUAAAUUUAGUGCGACUGGGCCCAGAAAAGUCUAUUAACAACGAGGUUCUAAGAUUCAGUUUGGACAACCAAGUUGACCACAGAAUGAAAAAAGAAUUACCUGUUCAUGUUCAGGAGAUGCAUAAAAGAAAGGAGUUUCUAGAUGAUCAACUAGAUGAGCUUUCCCGGCAGCGAGCUUUAUGCCGAAUUGGAGGGGAAAUGCAGAGGCAAGAAUUAGAUGAAAAAAUUGCCAAAGUUUCUAAAGAAAGACAGGAACUUGCUUCUAAAAUCAAAGAGGUUCAAGGACGCCCACAGAAAACACAGAAUAUCAUCAUUUUAGAGUCACAUAUCAUCUGCUGUACAUUGAGCACAAGUGGUGGUUUUCUACUUGAGUCUGCUUUUCGUGGGCAAGGGGGCGUCCCCUUCAGUUGUGUCAUUGUCGAUGAGGCUGGACAGUCUUCUGAAGUUGAGACCCUUACUCCACUCAUCCAUCGCUGCAACAAGCUUGUCCUGGUAGGAGACCCUAAGCAGCUCCCUCCCACUGUCAUCUCUAUGAAAGCACAGGAGUAUGGCUACGACCAAUCAAUGUUGGCUCGCUUCUACAAACUGCUGGAAGAGAAUGUGGAACACAACGUGAUCGGCAGGCUGCCUAUCUUACAGCUUACUGUUCAGUACAGGAUGCAUCCGGACAUAUGUCUCUUUCCUUCUCAUUAUAUUUACAGCAAAAACUUGAAAACAAAUAGAAUGACAGAAGCCAUUCGCUGUUCAUCAGAGUGGCCAUUUCAACCAUACCUCGUGUUUGAUGUCGGAGAUGGUUCAGAAAGACGGGAUAAUGACUCAUAUGUAAAUGUUCAGGAAAUAAAACUGGUGAUGGAAAUAAUGAAGCUUAUUAAAGACAAAAGAAAGGAUGCUAAUUUUCGGAGCAUUGGCAUAAUAACCCAUUACAAGGCCCAGAAAAUGAUGAUUCAGAAGGAGUUGGACCAGGAGUUUGAUAAAAAAGGAACAGCAGCAGAAGUAGAUACUGUGGAUGGCUUCCAGGGCCGUCAGAAGGACUGUGUUAUUGUUACAUGUGUCCGAGCAAAUGCUGUGCAGGGCUCAAUUGGAUUUCUGGCCAGUUUGCAGAGAUUGAAUGUCACCAUUACACGAGCCAAAUACAGCCUGUUCAUACUCGGACAUUUGAGGACCUUGAUGGAAAAUCAGCAUUGGAAUCACCUGAUUCAGGACGCUCAGAAGCGUGGUGCCAUUAUUAAGACCUGCGACAAGAACUACAGACAUGAUGCAGUGAAAAUUCUGAAACUCAAGUCUGUGCAGAGGAGUCCACCUCAGCCUGCUGGCGCAGCCCCAGAGGGUCCCGGAGUCCAGGGCAGCCUGCCCGGUAGCAGGCUCGAUGGCUGGUCUGCUGGCACGUCUUCUACUGCUUCUCCACACCACACCCCCCCUGACUCCAAGGAAGCGACUGUUACUUCCAAGGAUGCUGAAAGGCCUUCUGUUCAGGACCAACCUCGGGACCCACGACUGCUUAGGAGGAUGGGUGCUGAAGCCAAAGGAGUAUUCCAGAGGGAGCCACUGCCCUUGAGCGCCCCGCAUCCCGAAGCAACAUCUGUGGCAGAGCCAGAUUGUCCUGUCACUCCCCAGGAUCUGGGCCAUGUCAUGCCACAGCCCCCGGCCAACGUGGCCCCUUGGAGCAACCACAGACCUCACGUCCAGGGUGAACCUCCAGCAGCUGGUUCUCAUGCCUCCGCAGGUCAGGACAAAUGCGACCUGGAAGGGGAGCUUGGUCACAGGAGAGUCACCAGGGCUCUCAGUGAAGGGGGGCAGGAAAAGUAUGGCUAUGCGACCCGUCACACCCGGAGGAACUCUGGCUGGGACAGAAGGAGUCUGGAGGAGGAGGACAGUUACAAGAAAAGAAGGCUUUCAUAGAAAGGCCGAUGGUGUGUACCGUCAGCCACAGCACUGUUGUAAACCCAAGAUGGCCAGCCAAUAAGAUCAUCCAGAUAAAAUGAUCUUUCCCUUUCAGGAGUUUGCGUGCUGGUGGAAAACAUGGGGAAUGUAUCCUAACACCUGAGCUUCUGGUCAUCUUCGGUACUUUUUGUCAGUUGCAAAGACUUUCAGAGGACAUUUGUGUAUCAGUAAUAAUGUCCUUGAAGUUGAAGACUUAAAAUGUUAUCUUGUUCUUCUGUAGAAAAGGAGGUCAGGCUGGAGUGAAUGUUGUAAAAGUUGAAAUGUAUAUUUGUAUAGCAAAUAACAAAAUCCUUUUAAAAUUUA